CAGACUCCGCCUGCUCACCCCCACCUCGUCUGCAUUUUUUUUUAACCGAUGCUGAUUUCACAAGCGCGAAUGUCAUCAACCACCAAAAUUUCCAUGCUGGACAAAUGGAGAAUGGCUCCACUAUGGCUAAUCCUCAUGUUUGUGCUUCAGUUUGAAGGCAUCAGCGGAGACACCGUCAAGCUCUACCACACACCUGGACACGACGCCGUCCUGCCGUGUCACAUCCUAUCAUCGGCAACCUCGACGUGCUCCACAAUCACAUGGUUUUACAACAGUGCAGCCACAAAAGUGGUUGCGGAUGGAAUUGUUAAGAACGACUUGGUUCGAGCUGCCAGGCUGAGACUGGACAAGGGCUGCAAUCUGUUCAUCGACAGCAUCACUGCUGAGGAUGCCGGUCUCUACGUCUGUCGGAAGGGGAGGGCAACCAUGUUAGACACAAAUGUGGUUCUGAGCGUUCUGACCAUCUCCCCAUCUCCGCCAGACAGAAGUGGCGCAGAGGUGGCGUUAAAGUGCUCCCUGUUGGGACGCACCGGGCACCGUGGCUGUGGCGACAAGAGACUCCUCUGGGUGGACGAGGCAGGAACUGUGCUGAGUGGCGAUGGAGUCCGCAGCGAGGACACAGUGGGCGGCUGCGUCUCGAUUCUGACCGUGAACAGUGGCCACGGCAGGAGAUACACCUGCCGGCUUGUUGACGAGAGCAACGGCAACAACGUGCAGAUACAGGCUGACCACACGCUGGUCGUCACAGAUCCGCCGUACGUCGCCAUCGGCGCUGCGGUCGGAGUGGCGGUGUUCCUGCUCGUCGUCGCUGCUGCUGCCGGCCUCAUCAAAUGCAGGAAAAGAACCAAAGAGACAGACGGUGGAGAAAGACCAACCAAACCACAUGAUGAUCCGGAGGACAAUCUGACCUAUAUCACCGUGAGCCACGUCAACCAAGGAGCCUCUGCUGUGAAACUGGUCAAAGAGGUGGAGAAUGUCACUUAUUCUACAAUCAAGACUCCGGUGACGACAGACGCAUGGUAUGUCAGCAUACCAUAAUAAAUCGGAGAAUAUGAAAAACGUCGCCUAAUUGCCAGGGGUUUUCUCUCUGUCAGGAACAGAACAGUUGGAUUUUGUGCCUCAGUGUUUUUCAAGCUGUUUUGUAGUUUUUGCUGGACUUUCUUUGCUCAGUAUUGAGAUGGUUGUUUCGUUUAAACAGCGUACAUAUAGUUAAAAGAUCAUGGUGAACCAUUUCACACACAAAAAAAGUUCUACCUGCUCCAAAGCAAUGAGGAACAAACAUGAAGUCUCCUUAUCAUGUUUGGGAUUUUAAAAAAAUCAAUCACUACAUAAAUAAGACAAAACUCAGCAGAAUGGUUAAAAGUGAUCGAAAAACAACAAUCUUCAAAGUUCUCGCUGUGUUUCAGUUUUUUAAAAGUCCAGCAGCAGUCCUGUUUUACAACUGAACAACACUCGAGUUGUCUUUCCUUUUUUUUGUCUGCUUGUUUGUUUGGAUCCUAUGUCUCACUGUCAUUGUUGUAGUCCACCCUAUAUGUUUUUCAUAUGAAUACCAUUUUCUAAAACAUGCAGUGUUUACAGAUAUUUUUUACAGGCAGGAGAAUGUUUUCCUUUCUACCAAUAUAUAAAAAUCAAUUUCUAGAGAUUUGAACAUUGAUUAAAAUACUCCUAAAUGUAUGCGUGGACGAACAAUCAAUUAGCUUCGUCUUUCACUGAUAUGAUUUAUUUCUGGUCAGAGUUACAGUACCAUAUGUGACAACACAGUUGGGUGCAGAGAGAAUCUUCUUGUGUUCAUUGAUGUUACAUGUAGUCAGCUGCAUUCAUGAUCUCUAAACCAGCCAAUAAGCAAACAUCACACUGGGAAAUUUUGGUAUGUCAAUAUUGUUAAAUCGCCAAAAGCUAAAUUUGUGUGUUUAUUUGGCCUGUUUAACAUCCUGUUAAGUAAUGACAGUAACAUAUUGUCCUGCUGUCCAAGCUCUUAAGUCCACAUAUUCUCAUCUGAAAGGCACAAAAUACACAUCAUAGUAUCUUCCAACAGGAAGGAGUCUGAAAUUGGGAGUGUAUUUCAUGAUUAGGGACAUUUAUAAUAUUUACUUUAUUCUGAAACAAUUGGAGACUAAAAAAUAGGGUAAAGCUCCGUUAACUUUAAAUUAUCAUGCAAAUAGGCGUAGCUAAUAGUGAACACCCCAUGCAUCCACUUGUUUUGAAAUAAAGACUUUAAUUUGCA